AUGGCUAGCGGGGUGCUGGACCCUGUGGUUCCCAUGUCUAUGCAGCUCCCAUGGUCCCCCUCACCUGGGUCUCCUCCCUCUCUGCUACAGGUGAACACGUUCCAGGCCGUGCUGGCAAACGACGGCCAAGUCACCUUCAUCAUGCUGAACUAUGGAAUGAUCCAGUGGACCACAGGCACAGCGAGUGGCGGAAACGCCAACACUGGCCUAGGGGGUAAACCCGCCCAGGCCGGGUUCAACAGCGGUGACAACAAAAACUUCUACAACAUCCCGGGUUCCCGCACGGAGGCUGUCCUCCGCAUCGGGCAGACGAGCAACGUCGGGGUUCCAGGGCGCUGGGUCUUCCAAGUGAAUGAUUUCAAGGUGACGGGGGUCCCCACCGAGAGCAGCAGCGACUGCUGGCUGUAAGCCUCCAGCUCAGGAGUCAUGUGCCUCGUUUGCAAACCUCAGAUCUCUGCCCCCACCCUACCUGAGCCCCCUCCCGAGGCCCAUCCCCACCAAGCACCACAGCCAGGCUCCCUGCUCGGGCCACCCCGUGUCUUCUCCACAUGACCCCCUGCCUGGCUUGGAGGGGCCCUUCCUCAACCCUGCUGGGCAUCAUGCGACCCAUUCCAGCUGCUGGAAGGAUCCAGGCUGCUGCCCCAACCAGCAGGUGCCCCCGCAGCCAGCGCGGAGUGUAGUGUAGCAAUAAAGGAUCCUCUGUGAACUGCGGCUUGACUGUCUGUUCCCUGAAGGGCGGGGGACGCCUGAGGCAGUGUCUCUAUAGGUGGCAGGGGGGGA